AUGGCGGUGACAAGUGCCCGCAAGGCUGCCCAAGAAGCCGACUCCGAGUCUCGACCGGAGGAAACUUCUCGAUCUCUGGUGAAUGACAAUGUUCAACCCCGACGAGCUGCUCGUUCUCGAGCCCAAGCGCCAAUUGCCACCCUUGAACAUUGGAAUGUCCCCCUUCCGGCAAACAGCGAUCCAGCGAAAAAGAAGCUCCCUUUCUUGACAUCUGAGGCGAAGCAAUCCACUUCCGAUGACUUGAACCCGUCACCCAAGGGUCUACACCCUGAUUCGCCAACGCAACUCGGUACCUUCGCCACAACGAGGCAGCUUUUCCACACCGGCUAUUACUUCUCGAGGGGUAUCAAGCCUGAGAGGUUCAUGGUCAUCUCAGCCCCCUCCAUCACCACACCCGAUGAGUCAAAUUGGAUCGGCACGGCAUGA